CUGAUAAGCCUGCCCCUUAAGUAAGGGCGGCUGCUGCCGGGCCAUCGAGGGGGGUGUUUAGUACUGUCUGCCAGAUCCGCUGCGCGUGGCCCUGCAUUAGAUUCCGCGGAAAGUUGGUUGUCUGGGGCUUUGACGGGCGCGACGCCGAUGAAACUAAUCGAUCCUGGCGCGCCAGCGAGCAACGACGCCUCCAUCGCCGGCGCUGCCACGGCCUGUGCCCCAGAGGUGAAGUACAUCUUGGGGGUAGACGUGGGGAGCACGGUGAUACGGUGCCAUGUGUACGACAAGGCGGCGGUCCUCAAAGGAUUCAGUAGCAAACAGGUAGAGCUUCUUCAUCCUCAGCCAGGUUGGGUUGAAUUUGACCCUGAAAGUCUGUGGACCCAGUUCAUUGAUGUGAUUAAAGAAGCAGUUCAAGUUGCAGGAAUUAAAAUGAAUCAAAUCUCUGCUCUUGGACUUUCCACACAGCGUGGAACUUUCAUUACAUGGAACAAAAAAACAGGGAAACCUUUUCAUAAUUUCAUAAGUUGGCAAGAUGUGAGAGCUGCUGCCCUUGUUAAAUCCUGGAACACAUCUUUUUUAAUGAAGGCAGUCCAUGGUAUUUCUUCAUUGCUGCAUUUUUUCACUCGGAUUGAUAAACUACUGCUAAGCCGUUCUUUUAGUUUUACAACCCAGCAUGUCUCUUUAAGACUGGCUUGGGUUUUACAGCAUCUGUCUGAGGUAGAACAAGCUGCUAAAGAUGGUGAUUGCUGUUUUGGAACAGUUGACACAUGGUUACUUUAUAAACUCACUAAAGGUGCAGUAUAUGCUACAGAUUAUUCAAAUGCUAGUACCACUGCAUUUUUGGAUCCUUAUAAGCUCCAGUGGAGUGUAUUCCUUAGCAAGAUACUUUCCAUUCCGAUAUCACUUUUCCCUCCAAUAGAGGACACUAGUCACAUCUUUGGAUCGGUUGAUACUGAAAUAUUUGGAGUACCUAUUGCAAUAGCAGCUUUGGUAGCAGACCAGCAGGCAGCCAUGUUCGGACAGUGUUGUUUUGAUCGAGGUGAUAUAAAAGUCACCAUGGGUACUGGUUCCUUCUGGGAUAUUAAUACUGGAAACAAAAUUCAUGCAUCUAAGAGAGGCUUGUAUCCAUUGGUUGGUUGGAAAAUUGGGAAAGAGAUAACUUACUUAGCUGAAGGCAAUGCUUCUGAUACUGGAAAUGCUAUAAAAUGGGCUCAGAGCUUAGAUCUUUUUGACAACGUUGGAGAGACAUCACAAAUGGCAUAUAGCCUAAUAAAUUCAGGAGGAGUUUGUUUUGUUCCAUCUUUUAGUGGUUUGCAGAUACCAGUGAAUGAUCCUUAUGCAUGUACUUCUUUUAUGGGGAUCACACCUUCUACUACCAAAAAACAUCUUGUUCGAGCUGUGUUGGAAUCCAUAGCUUUCAGAAACAAACAGCUGUAUGACACCAUCACAACAGAGUUGGGUAUUCCACCUAUGUCCAUUCGAGCUGAUGGAGGCGUCAGUAAAAAUAGUUUUGUGAUGCAGAUGACUUCUGAUUUAAUUAAUAAAUCAAUAAGCAAGCCUGUCAGCACAGACAUGUCUUGUCUUGGAGCAGCUUUUCUAGCAGGCCUCGCUAUUGGAUUUUGGACUAACAAAGAUCAUCUGAAAAAGUUGAGGCAAACUGGCAUGGUUUUUAAGCCACAAAAAGAGCCAAAGGAGUACGAACCUGCCAUGAGUAAUUGGAUAAAAGCUGUCCACCGUUCUCUCUCUUGGUAUAGCCAGGCAUCUCAGCAGUGAGAUCAGAAUUAGUAUAAUUUAUGUGUUGGAUGAUAUAACUCAUGACUUUAUUUCUGCUUUAGAAUUAACUGUACUAAGCAAUUACUGUUUUUCUGACAUCAUUCAAGCAAUACAAAAUGUGUACUGGAAUAGUAGUGAACACCAUGUAGUAGUCAAGAGACUAAAUGCCAUAGAAUGUAUUGUUCUAAGUGAUAAUUAUUUAUAAUGGACAAACUUGAUUUUAUGCAUGAGGCCUCCGUGUGGGAAUGUUCAGAUAUCACUCUGGCAGAUUUUGUAUGGAAAAUCUAGAUCAAAACUGUAACAUGAAGAUCAUUUCCACAUAGAUAUGAGCAUACACAGAUACUACUACACUGUUUUCCUACUGUAAACUGUCUCCUUUUGGUAGAAAUAUAUCUAUUGGUAUUAUCUUCCCCCACCCCAUCCCCAAAUUAAAGAGACACAGAUGCAUCCAUACAUCUAGAUUGGUUCUAAGACAGGAGACUGUCUAGAGUGAAAAGUACUAAAAGGCUUUUAGCUUGUUGUUAGUUUUAAGAUUUCUUUUUUGUUGUGAUAACCAAUAAGUUGAAACUGAAACAUAAUCUAGAAAGCAACUACUUGUCCAAUGAGGUGGCUUCAUACAAGGGAAGAUAGAGACCAGUAAAUCAGCGUAUGAAUUGACCUUACCCUUGCAAUGAUGGCCUUAAUUUUCUUAUGGUUUUAAAAAUGUAUCAGUGAAAUCUUAAAUUUCCAAAUUGGUUAAUUGGAAAUUGGUCAGCUGUCCGUAUUACGUGGCAUGAAAAAUUUAUGACUUGCAGAUAUGGCUAGCAUAAUCAGUGUUGUCCAGUAACUUUUGGAAGUCCUCAGAUUCUGAUCUAAGAGAUGGGGAAAAUCUAAGUAUGUCUACAUUGUCACUUAUGAAAUAUACAAAAUUUUUAGAAUCUAGCUUUUAAUUUAAACAGAAAUGAAAGAAGCAGACUUCUUUUGUGCAUUUAUCCAAAUACUGAAUAGUUGAUGUUUCCGGACUGAGAACAAAUUGGGAUUGUUUUCUACUUAUUAGAUAAGCACAAAGUGGGUCUCUCUUGAAUGACCCAUUGUUACUUUUCCUUCACUAUACACCUCAGUACCUGCUACCUCAGAACUUGAAAACCUAUUGCAGUCACUGUCUCUAUACAGUAUGUAAAAUAUUGAAAGUAGAAUAUUUGUGAAAUAAUGCAUACCAGCCUAAUGCUUUCUGUGGCAGUUUCCAGAUUAUUGUGGUUAGGGUCACAUUUUAUUAUGAGCCAUAAUGUUGGUGUAUUUGGUCUUAGUUGUGCACUAGUGGCAUUACACGUGAAAAAGACUGCUAUCACUUCUUCAGCCAACCCAGAUUUAGAAAGUCCUAACUGAGAAUAAUGUAGUAUACCUAGCCUGUAUUUUUAUCAGUUUAACUGAUUUUAAGAAAAGUGGAUGAAUAUACUUCUUUGGUUACAUAACUUGGGCAGUUGUAUGGAACCCAGUCACAUUUAUGCAAAAUAAUUGUACUUUUUAUUUCUUGAAAAUUAUGCAGCACUUAAAUUUUGUCACUGGUAAAUUCAGUGUUCAUUGUAAUCAGAAUAUUAUUGAUACCUAAGUUCUAUAUAAAAUAAUUUUUGAAGCAUCAUAAAUAUCUGCUGGCUGAGAUUAAAGCUAGUGUUAUGUUGUAUACUUACCUAAGAAGCCACCUUCUUCAGCUCACUACUCACUGGUAGAAGCUCAGGAGAUUCCCAGUUUUAGAAUGACUAGGGAAUAAACUUGUAAACUUAUUCUUGGCAUUCAAAAAAUACAGGGCAAUAAAAAUACCUUGUAAUGAAGUGAAAUUAAUCUUUGGCUAAGAUCUCUCCAAGCCACGGAUAGUGGUUAUACAGUGACAUAUCUUUGGUCUGAGAGAAAGCUAUAUCCUCUGCAGCAAGGCAGUCCUUCAUCUACAAUCCAUUCUGUGAUGGCUCAAUAUAUUCCUCAGAGAUACAGCAGAACUUAAUAGAGAACAUAAAGGAGAAAAUGAGGUUAGCUGUGUUAUACAUUUGUAGACAAGUCUCAGAAAAGUUGUACGCAACUUUGUUUCAACUAGUAAUAAUAUGCAACUGCAAUUAAGUAUGAAAAUCACAGGAAUGUAUUGAUUUUUUUCUAGGCAGAAAUUUUAUUGCAAGAUUCUGGUUUAUGGUGCUAUAUAUCAUAAUAGCAAUGGCCCAAGUCCCAGAAGAAGGAAUGGGACCAGCUGGGAACUGUCUGUGGAAAUCUGUGUUAUAGCACUUUCUGUUUCUUGAGCCAGGACAUAAUUAGAAUAGAAUUAUAUUUCAUCUACAUUCAUUUUUUGAUUGUAUAUGUAUUUAUACAUUAUAGACUAUAGUAGCUAGAUUGCUUUACAUGAAUUAUAAGAAAAAAGGAGUGGCCAAUGUUUGGUCACAAGAGCUGGGAAAGUUUAAGGGUCUCUCCCCCUCCCCCAAAUAUCAUAGGCCAGUUCUCUGGUAGAAUGUUUACCAUGUGCUAUUUAAUUAAAUGAACUAUUUCUAAUUUUAGAAAUAUUUAAUAUGCUUUUAAAUCUGUAAUAAAGAUUAUUGUAUUGUUCUGAAUUAAUUAAGAUACUGAUUAAUUUCAGUCAUUACUCUGUGUUCAAGCAAUCUAUACAGUAACACUACAUACCUAAGAACUGUAUUUUAUUCUUACAUUUUCAUGACAUAUGUUUUGUAAAUUGAAACUAGCUGUUACAAAGUGGUAAAUCAAGACUGCUUUAAUUUCAAUUGUGAUCUCUUACUUCAGAUGUAUAUACUGAAUCCUCAGUUGUAAAUAUAAAUUCCAAGCUUGAAAUAUUUUAAAACUAAAAAUGUAACAGACUGAUUCUCAAUAUAUUAAAGUAUGGCAUUUAAGAGGAA